AUGACCCAAGAUUUGCCCAUCAUGAGGGACUAUUAUCAAAUUCUCAAUAUUCCAUUUACGAGUUCCUCCGCCGCCCUUUCGAAGCAGCAAAUCAAACUCGCAUACCAUAAAGCGCUCCUCAAGCACCAUCCUGAUAAAGCCAGCGCAGUCACAUCGGACUCGAGUAUCCAAGGCUCUACAUAUGCUUCCUCCACCUCCACCCAGUCGAGAAAUGGCACUGAAACCUACUCCAUUGACGAAAUUACAACGGCCUAUAAGACAUUAUCAGACCCCGGACAGCGAGCCGAAUACGAUCGUACCCUUCGUCUGGAUCGACUGAAAGUCGCAGAGCGGGAGAAGACGGGCGACGUGUUUCACACCGGAUUAGAGAUUGUGGACCUAGAGGAUUUGGCUUGUGAUGAGGGUGAUGGAACAACCGAUGUGGUUUGCUGGUACCGUGGCUGUCGAUGUGGAGAUGAGAGGGGUUUCUUGGUGACUGAAGAUGAUUUAGAAAGGGAGGCGGAGCAUGGGGAGAUUGUGAUCGGAUGUCGCGGAUGCAGUCUCUGGCUGAAGAUUCUUUUUGCUGUUGAGGAUGGCUGA